GAAAAGGUUGGGAGGCAAUAAUACAGUAACUGUUCUGAACCACCCUCCUGUCCAGAAGGUGGCGGUAAUGUCCCACAAAGCUGUUUGCUAACCGCCAAUAAACAAUAAGGACGAAGAACAGUCUUACGUCAUCUUGAGUGCGACGGUGAGCUGUCCUCCCCAUGUGUUUACAAGCAGCUGUAACUUGCGUGUGUUUAACGCUCUCUUCUUGCUCCGCUCGUUUUGAAUGAUGGAGAAAAAAGGCUCAAACUCCGUAGGUAAGAAACCAAAACCGGCGAAACUCAAAGACCCCUCCGACCCCGUCAAAAACUUCGAGAAGUGGAAGAAAAAAUACAACAAGACCAAAGCUCGAGUGAAGCGACAGAGGGCGCAGACGCAGAGGCCGCAGUGGCAGGUAGAACGCGAUGACAUCCAGAGGCUCGUGAGCAGGUACGCAGACAUCAACAGCAAGGAAGCCGUAAAGUUUUCAGACUUUCCCAUCUCCAAGAAAACCCUGCUGGGGCUACAGGCGGCUCAGUACAGACAGCCCACCGAGAUCCAGAGGCAGACUGUCGGCUUCGCUCUACAGGGGAAGGAUGUACUCGGCGCGGCCAAAACCGGCUCCGGGAAGACUUUAGCUUUCCUUAUCCCGGUUCUGGAGUGCCUGUACCGCCAGCAGUGGACCUCCAUGGACGGCCUCGGCGCUCUCAUCAUCUCCCCCACCAGAGAGCUCGCCUACCAGACCUUCGAAGUCCUCCGCAAAGUGGGGAAGAACCACGAGUUCUCCGCUGGUCUCAUCAUCGGCGGCAAGGAGCUGAAGAGCGAGGCGGAGAAGAUCCACCGCACCAACAUCGUCAUCUGCACCCCGGGCCGCCUGCUGCAGCACAUGGACGAAACAGCCGCCUUCCACGCCUCCGACCUCCACAUGCUGGUGCUGGACGAAGCCGACCGCAUCCUGGACAUGGGCUUCGCGGAUACACUCAACGCCAUCGUGGAGAACCUCCCCACGUCGCGUCAGACGCUGCUGUUCUCCGCCACGCAGACCAAGUCUGUUAAAGACCUGGCUCGGCUCAGCCUGAAAGACCCGGAGUACGUGUGGGUUCAUGAGAAGGCCAAGUUCAGCACCCCAGCCACCCUGGAGCAGAGCUACGUGCUGUGUGAGCUCCAUCAGAAGGUUAACAUGCUCUACUCGUUCAUCAGGAGCCACCUGCAGAAGAAGACCAUAGUCUUCUUCGCCUGCUGCAAGGAGGUACAGUACCUGUUCCGGACCUUUUGCCGCCUCAGACCUGGCAUACCGGUCCUUGCCCUGCACGGCAAACAGCAGCAGAUGAAGAGGGUGGAGGUCUACAACGACUUUCUCAGAAAGCAGAACGCUGUGUUGUUCGCCACGGACAUCGCCGCCAGAGGCUUGGACUUCCCUGCUGUCAACUGGGUGCUGCAGUUCGACUGUCCGGAGGACGCAGACACCUACAUCCACAGGGUGGGGCGGACAGCCAGGUACAAGGAGGGGGGAGAGGCCCUGCUGCUGCUGCUGCCCUCGGAGGAGAAGGGCAUGGUCGCCCAGCUGCAGGAGAAGAAGGUGCCCAUCAAUAAGAUCCAGGUGAACCCGGAUAAACUGCAGAGUGUUCAGCAGAAGCUGGAGGCCUUCCUGGCCCAGGAGAAGGAGCAGAAGGAGCGAGCCCAGAGGUGUUUCGUCUCCUACCUGCGCUCUGUCUACCUGAUGAAGAACAAAGAUGUGUUUGAUGUCUUUAAACUGCAGAUUCAUGAGUAUGCGGUCUCUCUGGGCCUGGCUUUGGCCCCCAGGGUGCGCUUCUUAAAUAAAGCUCAGGCACAGAGAGCUGAGAAAGAAGAGCAACGAGAGGAAGAGCAGUCUGAGGAGGAGGAGGAGCUGAGGAGCUUCAAGUCUCAGCUGAGAGGAGAGCCUUCUCACCAGGAAAGUCAGAGCUCAGAGUCAGAAGAUUCAGCUGAUGAUGAGGAAGAGGAGGAUCAGUCCAAGACACUACUCCUAAGCGAGGAUGAUGAUGAUGAUGAUGAUGAUCUAAAAGACUUGGACCUGUUGACAGUCAAAAGAAAGGACGUCUUCAAUCUGACAGGGGACCAAGAGAGUUCUGAGGAGCCGGAUGAGGAUGCCCAAAAGAAAACUGAGAAAGAGACAAAGUUCACAGAGGCCAAAAAAGUCCUCAAGAGAAACUUCCAGGUCAACACCAAAGUGACUUUCAGUGAAAAGGGAGAGGCUGUGCAGCUGUGGCCACCAGUCCAGCGCUCAGCGACUGGUAAGGAGAAGGAGGAGGAGGAGGAAGAGGAGGUUUCAGGUAUCAACGUGGAGAAGGCCCGGGAGAGGCUGAAACGAGAAGACCAGGAGUUUGACAAGCAGGAGUACAGCCGCAAGGUGAAGGCCAAACACAGAGAGAAGAGGCUGAAGGCAAAGGCAGCCAGGAGGGAGGCCAGCAAGCAGCAUGGACAGAAAUCUGAUGAGGAGGAGGAGGAUGAGGUGGUGGCAUACCUGGCAAAUCACAGCGAAGACGAGUUUGACCCUAGCACCCUGCCGGAUCCUGAUAAACAGCGCUCUGAGGAGGAGGAGGAUGAUGAUGGUGGUCAUCAAGCCAGGUUAGCUAAACGGCACCACAGCAGUGAAAGCAGCGACGAGGAAGAGGAGGAGCUCCCAGCAGGGAAGAGGAAGAAAGUGAGGCAGCAGGAAGAUGAGCACACAGCCCUGGACACUGGUCUCUCUCUGGCUGAAGACGAGGAGUUAGUCUUGCAGCUGCUGGGAGGAGGAAGGUAGAGUUUGGACGUCUACAGACAUCAUGAACUCAUCAGUUAAAUAAAAUUCCAACAACAAAGUCAGUAUUUAAUUCAGGAAAUGUCCAAACACAGAAGCAGAGUUUUUGUAUCUCACAAGAGACGGAUAAUAAGAAUGGGCUGAGAUAUCCUGACUUUUGGCUUCUUGCUGGAUCCUACAUUUCCCAUAAUGCAACCAAUAGCAUCUUUUUAUUUUAGAUUCUCCCAGCGUGAUAAACACCCACAUCUUUCAAACUGAACACCACCAGUUUGUAACGCAGAGUUUCUGUUUAAAAAGUAGCAGCAUCCAAACCCAAGCUGAGGAAACCCCCCCAGUGACAUCACCAUCAGAUGACAUCAUCAGGGUUAUAUUGUUGACUAAGCUCCUCCAGAGCCACAGAAGACAUUAUGCAACACUUCUCACAGGCUGAGCAGUCGGUAGAGUGCCUGAUUAAUUUACUGUUGUCCCACAAUGCAAUGCACAACUAUUAUUAAGGAACUACUCACAGGUAGAAACAUGUAUACAAAUUCUAUAUGUGAACAAACAGCUGUAAAAAGCGGAAAAGUAUAUCUUUAAGAAAAAAGUGUUUUCUCUUGCAGGUUUUGAAAUAUGUGCAUAUCUUGUUCUUUUCUGUUCUUUAAACAGCAAAAUACAUUAAUUUUAUGUAUAUUAACAGCAACUUGUGAUGCAAUGCAGAUACACAAACUAUCUUUUCUUACUGUGUAGUGUGGAAUUAAGGACACAGCUAGUCAAUGGUCACCUACUAAACCAAUUGAGAGCCACUGACUAAUGAAAGUGUCUACUUGUGAUCCCUUCUCACAGGCAUUCACUCAUUGUGAACACCAGAUUGUGUCAUUAGAAGGCUUUUUAGAGGCCGGAAGUGGUAAACAUAUUCAGAAGGCAAAAAUUAUAUGGAAAUAAAUGUAAUUUUUUGUAAAAGAAA